CCCCUUCCCCUAAUUCUUCCAAUUCAUCAUUCCAAUAUUUCUCUCUUCUCUCUCAAAUUUCCCGAUCACUUUCUCUCGCAACAUUUUAUUUUCUCUCCGAUGGCUUCCAAUAACGGCGCUUUGCCUACCGGCUCCGGUUUGAUCUUAAGUUUUGGCGAGAUGCUGAUCGAUUUCGUCCCGACGGUUUCCGGCGUAUCUCUGGCGGAGGCGCCAGGAUUUCUUAAGGCUCCCGGCGGUGCUCCGGCGAACGUCGCGAUCGCCGUUAGCCGCCUCGGCGGCCGCGCUGCUUUCGUAGGAAAGCUCGGCGAAGAUGAGUUUGGGCGUAUGUUGGAAGGAAUAGUGAAGGAGAACGGCGUUGACGCUAGCGGAAUCCGCUUCGAUCAAGGCGCUAGAACCGCCUUGGCUUUCGUUACUCUACGCGCCGACGGUGAGCGUGAGUUUAUGUUCUACCGGAACCCUAGCGCCGAUAUGCUUCUUAAGCCGGAGGAAUUGGAUCUCGACCUCAUCAGAUCCGCCAAAAUCUUUCACUAUGGAUCAAUAAGCUUGAUCGUGGAGCCCUGCAGAUCGGCACACAUAAAGGCAAUGGAUGAGGCCAAGAAAGCAGGUGUUCUACUUUCAUAUGAUCCAAAUCUGAGGCUUCCUCUGUGGCCCUCUGCUAAUGAGGCCCGUGAACAAAUCAAGAGCAUUUGGAACAAGGCCGACAUCAUCAAGGUCAGUGAUGAGGAACUCAAAUUCCUUACCCAGAACGAUAAGGUCGAUGACGAAAACGCCAUGUCUCUCUGGCAUGAUGGCUUGAAGCUCCUCCUUGUCACUCUCGGUGAGCAUGGCUGCAAAUACUACACCAAGAACUUCCGUGGAUCUGUGGAUCCUUUCAAGGUUAAGGCUGUGGACACAACUGGAGCCGGUGACUCAUUCGUCGGUGCUCUUCUUUGCAAGAUCGUUGACAACCAAUCUGUACUUCAGGAUGAGAAGAAGUUGAGGGAGAUCUUGAGGUUUGCUAAUGCUUGUGGAGCCAUUACAACAACCAAGAAAGGAGCAAUUCCAGCUCUUCCAUCAGAGGCUGACGUGGCUGCUUUGAUCAAGUCUUCUUCUUAGGCUGCAUAGAGAUCCUCUUAUUUUUUCUUUUUUUCUUUUUUGCCUUUGUUUAGAUUUUUGGUUUCUAAUUCGCUUUUCGCAAUUGAAUUUAAAGAAAAGGGUUGUGAAGGCCCUUUCAAUUUUCCCCCUUUAUCAUUUUCUAUAUAGACUCUUGUGUUUAAGGUAUUUUCCAAAUAAAAGCUUCUCUACAUUUUGACUAUA